AUGGGCUUUUCUACUCGCCUUACAGCCGCGCUCGCGCUGGCUGCAAGCCUCAUUACUCCCAUUGUCGCGGCACCUGCCGUCGAGUACCCCAUCGCCGAGCGCGACGGGGCUACCGCCUCUGCCGCGGCUGCUUCGAGCUACUGGGUUGCCAACAUUGAACGCAGAGGCACUGUGCCGUUCGGUGCCUCUGACUACCAGGUCUUUCGCAAUGUCAUGGACUUCGGUGCCAAGGGUGACGGUGUGACCGACGACACCGCUGCCAUCAACAACGCCAUCUCCUCUGGCGGCCGCUGUGGCCAAGGCUGUGACUCGAGCACGACGUCGCCUGCUCUUGUGUAUUUCCCGCCCGGCAAGUACCUCGUCAGCGCGCCCAUCAUCCAGUACUACUACACCCAGCUCGUCGGUGACGCCAUCAACCCGCCCACCCUGCUUGCCAGUGCUAGCUUUACCGGCAUAGCCGUGGUUGACUCGGAUCCCUAUGACAACACCGGCAACAACUGGUGGACCAACCAGAACAACUUCUUCCGCCAGGUCCGCAACUUCGUCAUCGACCUCACGCAGAUGCCCUUCACUGCAGGCGCCGGUAUUCAUUGGCAGGUCGCCCAGGCAACCAGCCUGCAGAACAUCGUCUUCAACAUGCGCACCGACGGCGGCACUGCCAACAAGCAGCUCGGCAUUUUCAUGGACAACGGCUCUGGUGGCUUCAUGGCUGACCUGGUCUUCAACGGCGGCGAGUACGGCGCUUUCUUUGGCAACCAGCAGUUUACCACCCGCAACCUCACCUUCAACAACUGCCAGACUGCCAUCUUCAUGAACUGGAACUGGGCCUGGACGCUGCAGGACGUCACCAUCAACAACUGCGGUGUCGGCGUUGAUAUGAGCAACGGCGGCUCCGUCCAGACCGUUGGCUCGGUCCUCUUCCUCGACAGCACCGUCACUAACACGCCUAUUGGUGUGAAGACCGCCUACCACCCAGUGUCGUCGUCCACCAACGGCACGCUCGUCAUUGACAAUGUUGACAUGACCAACAACGUGCCCGUUGCCGUUUCCGACUCGACUAGCUCGUCCACCAUCCUGCCCGGCAACACCAAGAUCACUUCGUGGAUUCAGGGCAAUGUUCCCAGCUCUGGCGGCGCUAGCAGCGCGGUUCAGGGCUCGCAGACGGCCGUCAACAAGCCAUCGGUCCUCCUCGACUCCACUGGCAAGAUCUUUGCGCGCAGCCGUCCCCAGUACGAGACUGUCCCCGCCAGUAGCUUUGUCUCUGUCAAGGCUGCUGGUGCCAAGGGCGAUGGCGUGACCGAUGACACGACCACCAUCCAGGCUGUCUUCAACAGCAUCACCUCGGGCCAGAUUGUGUACUUUGACCACGGCAACUACCUCGUCACCAGUACCAUCAAGGUCCCCCCCAACGUCCGUAUCACUGGCGAGAUCUGGCCCGUCAUCAUGGCCGGUGGCAACGGCUAUUUCUCGGACGCUGGUAACACGAAGCCAGUCUUCCAGGUAGGCCAGACCGGCGACUCGGGUGCUGUCGAGAUCUCUGACAUUCUGUUUGCCACGGUCGGCCCCCAGCCCGGUGCCGUCAUGGUCGAGUGGAACCUCAAGGGCUCGUCUGCUGGCGCUGCUGGCAUAUGGGACGCGCACGUCCGUAUCGGUGGUGCUGCCGGCACGAACCUGCAGCUGGCCCAGUGCGCAAAGAACCCGACCGUCACUGCGCCUGCCGACCCCAACUGUCUGGGUGCUGGCCUCAUGCUGCACGUCACUUCGGGUGCCUCGUCGCUCUACGUGGAGAACGCCUGGUUCUGGACUGCUGAUCACGACCUCGAGCCGUCGGCCAAAUCGCAGCAGAUCAACGUCUUCAACGGUCGCGGUGUUCUGAUCGAGUCUCGGGGCCCCGUUUGGAUGGUCGGCACCGCCUCGGAGCACAGCGUCCUGUACAACUACCAGCUCACCUCGGCCAGCAAUGUGUACAUGGGCCUGAUCCAGACGGAGACCCCCUACUACCAGGGCAACCCCGACGCGCGGACGCCGUAUGCCAGCCAAACUGCACUGUCGGACCCCAGCUUUGAAUCGUGCACUGACGCGACCUGCGCUCGUGCCUGGGGUCUGCGCAUCAUCAACUCGACUGACGUGUUCGUGUAUGGUGCUGGUCUCUACUCCUUCUUUGACAACUACGACCAGACGUGCCUGGACACGGAAAGUUGCCAAGACAACAUUGUCAGCGUGGAGUCGUCCCAGGCGUUCCUUUACGGCCUCAGCACGAAGGCCUCGGUCAACAUGGUCAACGUUAACGGAGUGUCGGUGGCUAAGGACGCCAACAACCGCAACAACUUCUGCGCGACGCUGGCGCUCGUCUCGGUGAAGGCGUAG